UUACACAAUCCUGGACCCCUAAGUGGGACAGUCAGAUCAAACUCACACAACUCCCUGGUGGAAACAGGCAGAGACAUUCUAGGUUUGAUUUAGUCUGGGAUAAGAGUUAACAUUUGAAGUGAAAAUACUUCUGUGAGUCGACAUGAAGCCAGCAGUGGUUCUGCUGGGCCUCGUCCUGCUGCUGGACACCACCUUUUCUGCUGAGGAGUCCUGUUUGAACCGCUGUGGCUCCUUUGACCCACAGAGGAAAUGUCAGUGCGACUCCAUGUGUGUGUACUACGGGAGCUGCUGUGCUGACUUUGACGCCCUUUGUCCCAAAAAAGUUGCCCGUGGCGACACCUUUGAGGAAGCAGAGGAAGUACCAGAAGCGCUGACAAAUAUCAACACUACAACUAUCACACCAACCUUUGCCACAACUACUCCAGCCCCUUCUCUAACCACCGCCAUGCAACAGCCCACACCACCUGUAGAUGCUAAUGCUGCACCCUGCAGCGGUCGCCCUUUUGAUGCUUUUUUGCAGCUGAAGAAUGGGUCCAUUUAUGCAUUUAGAGGUGAGUACUUCUUCGAGUUGGAUGACAAGUCCAUCCUUCCUGGCUACCCCAAAUUAAUUCAAGAUGUAUGGGGAAUCCCUGGGCCUAUUGACGCUGCAUUCACACGCAUCAACUGCCAGGGAAAAUCCUACAUCUUUAAGGGGAACCAAUACUGGAGGUUUGACGGAGAUGUCAUAGAUGAAGACUACCCAAGAGAUAUUUCAGUUGGCUUUGAUGGCAUACCAGACAUCAUUGAUGCUGCCUUUGCUGUACCAGCACCAAGUCACCGCGGCAAAGAGAAAGCCUACUUCUUUAAAGGGGACAAGUAUUAUCAGUAUGAGUUCAAACAGCAGCCCUCUCAUGAGGAGUGUGUCCACAUGAGCAGGUCCUCCCCGUCUGUGUUGUUCACCCACUAUACGGACCUCUUCUGCGAUCAGACGUGGGAGGAUGUAUUCUUUGACCUCUUUGGAGGCCCAUUCAGCAGCCACCAUGUAGGUGCACGUUUCACCAGCAGGGACUGGGUGGGUAUCAGGCCCCCUGUCGAUGCUGCCAUGGUGGGACAAGUCUACCUCAGACCCAAGCCCACACCGUCCUCUCCUCCACCAUCAAUGAGGCGUGGAAAUCGGAGGAGGAGGCCCAGCAGGAGGCGUGGACAUCGGGGGAGGCACAGUCGCCAUGUGUUUGAUGAUUUGUUUGGUUUUGAUGAUUGGUUUGACAUCAGUGACUACAGCGACAUUGAAGAGGUCAUGAUGCUGGAGCCCAAAAAAACCCCUGUUCAAAAUGUGUAUUUUUUCCAAAGAGAUAAGUACUACAGGGUAAACCUGCAGACCAAACGGGUGGACUUCACCAGCCCUCCAUACCCACGAUCCAUUGCAAAAUAUUGGCUGGGGUGCAAGCAGGAGGCAAUGCCUGAUACAACAAAAGCAGAGAAGAAAUAAGCCUGCUGACUGAGUCAAACUCUGUCUUUCAAACUUGUGUAUUUUUGCUAAAUUGUACAGUGAUAACAAUGUGAACCCAUGAUAGCUAUUGUUGUAUUGUUGCUUAAUGCACACUGUAGUAAAUUUCCUUAAAUUUUCCAUUUUAGGUGGAAAGAUUGAAUCCUGCUUGACUUAAUAAACUUGAUAAUGCA